AUGAGUAGCUCUUCUGAAUCAAAGAGCAGCAAUUCCUUGACCAACUCCUCUGGCUCCAAUCUUAGCAAACCCCAAUUGAAUGCAGCAUCCACACCCCCAACAUCUAUUGCCACCAGUGGCUCUCCUGCCAAGAGCAUGGACUCUCCCAUUUUGUCUGCUGACAAUCCUGGACUUCGCGUUGAGUGGGCUCGCGCCUUCAACUUGGGAGAAUGUCACACUCGUGAUCCCCGUAAACGCCCUGUCCAAUACACAUUAUUUCAGGGUGGCAGACAGGACGAGGAUUGCGAUUUGCCCACGAAGAGGUCAAAGACCUUGCAAACGACGUGGAACUUUACAUCUACCCCUUCCUCCGCAGCUACAAUAUACCUCAACGAGCGCAUGCUCGAGCUCUCACGAAUCACUCGCCGAGCUAUUGCUGCGAGGUUGCGAUACCAAUGCCUUCGCUCCCGCGAACUAGAUUUGAUAAAGUCAAUUCUUGACGACGAAACCGAGCUGUGCCAGACACAGUUGAGUGGAGUUGAUGUGCAAAUCGGCUCCAUCUGA